AUGACUGGAGUCUUUGACAGUCUGGUGGCUGAUAUGCACUCGACCCAGAUCACCGCCUCCAGCACGUACCACCAGCACCAGCAGCCCCCGAGCGGUGCCGGCGCGGGCCCCGGCGGCAGCAGCAACAGCAGCAGCAGUAACGGCAGCCUGCACAAGCCCCAGGAGUCACCAACCCUCCCGGUGUCCACAGCUACCGACAGCAGCUACUACACCAACCAGCAGCACCCGGCGGGCGGCGGCGGCGGGGGGGCCUCACCCUACGCGCACAUGGGCUCCUACCAGUACCACGCCAGCGGCCUAAACAACGUCCCCUACUCUGCCAAAAGCAGCUACGAUCUGGGCUACACCGCCGCGUACACCUCCUAUGCGCCCUACGGAACCAGUUCGUCCCCGGUCAACAACGAGCCUGACAAGGAAGACCUUGAGCCUGAAAUCCGGAUAGUGAACGGGAAGCCAAAGAAAGUCCGGAAACCACGCACCAUCUACUCCAGUUUCCAGCUGGCGGCCCUUCAGCGGCGCUUCCAGAAGACCCAGUAUCUGGCAUUGCCAGAGAGAGCCGAGCUGGCGGCAUCUCUGGGCCUCACCCAGACUCAGGUCAAAAUCUGGUUCCAGAACCGCCGAUCCAAAUUUAAGAAGAUGUGGAAAAGCGGUGAGAUCCCCACAGAGCAGCACCCUGGAGCCAGCGCUUCUCCACCUUGUGCCUCCCCACCGGUCACGGCGCCAGCCUCCUGGGACUUCGGCGCGCCGCAGCGAAUGGGGGGCGGCGGCCCGGGCAGCGGUGGCAGUGGCCCGGGCAGCUCCGGCUCCAGCCCGAGCAGCGCCGCCUCCGCGUUUCUGGGCAACUACCCGUGGUAUCACCAGGCUUCGGGCUCCGCUUCACACCUGCAGGCCACUGCUCCACUUCUGCAUCCCUCGCAGACUCCGCAGGCGCAUCACCACCACCACCAUCACCACCACGCAGGCGGGGGCGCCCCAGUGAGCGCGGGGACGAUUUUCUAA